AUGAUUUUUAUGAAGAGUAACAGAGAUGCUCCAAGAUGUGGAUUUAGUAGGACACUUAUACAGAUAAUAAAUGAAACUGGAGUACAAUAUGACACCUUUGAUAUAUUAACUGAUGAAGAAGUAAGACAAGGUCUCAAAGAGUACUCUGAUUGGCCAACAUACCCGCAAUUUUAUGUAAAAGGAGAACUUAUUGGAGGAUUAGAUGUAAUUAAAGAAUUGAAAGCUAAUGGUGAACUAGAGUCAACACUGAAAGCUUAA